UUACAGAGACUCCAGCCGGCCUGGAAGUGCAGAUUCGGCAGGAAGCAGAGGAAAUACAUUGUAACAUUUCAGUGCUGGAAGGAAUCAGAGUCAGAAUGCAGAAGGAGAAAGGGGAAGAGGCUUUGUUCUAUGUUGGUGUCGAUGUGGGAACGGCGAGCGUGCGUGCGGCUUUGGUGAACCAAGCUGGGACAGUGGUUGACCAGGCAGAAGAGCCUCUGGAAAUUUGGGAGCCUCAAUCUGACCACUAUGAGCAAUCCUCCGCCGACAUCUGGAAGGCGUGCUGCGCCGUCACCAAGAAAGUUGCGGAGUCGGCAGGAUCCGGUCAGAUUCGCGGGCUUGGGUUCGAUGCGACCUGCUCUCUGGUGGUUCUGGAUAAAAGUUUUCAGUCGUUGGCAGUAAAUGUUGAAGGUGACCACAACAGAAAUGUGAUCAUGUGGAUGGAUCACCGGGCUGGAAGUCAAGUGGAUCGCAUCAACAAGACCAAGCAUGCUGUUUUGCGCUAUGUCGGCGGCGUGAUGUCCGUAGAGAUGCAACCACCCAAACUACUUUGGUUAAAGGAGAACUUGCGCCAGGAAUGUUGGGAUAAAACUGGUCAAUUUUUUGACCUUCCAGACUUUCUGACCUGGAAAGCUACAGGAUCCCUCACUAGGUCUUUGUGCACCCUGGUCUGUAAAUGGACUUACACCCCGGAUGGGGGCUGGGAUGACAGUUUCUGGAUGGAGAUUGGAUUGGAAGAUCUUCUGGAACAAAACUAUGCCAAAAUCGGAAACCAGGUCGUGUCUCCAGGAGUUUGUGUCGGGAACAAGCUCACUCCGGAGGCUGCCCGCGAGCUCGGCCUUCCGCAGGGGAUCGCGGUGGCCGCUGCGCUAAUAGACGCUCACGCCGGCGGGCUCGGAGUAAUCGGCGCAGACGUGACGGGACACCAUCUCCCCUGUGAAAAGGAGCCAAUCAUGUCGCGGCUGGCCCUGAUCUGCGGAACGUCGUCUUGUCACAUGGCGGUCAGUGAGAAUCCGAUAUUUGUGCCCGGCGUCUGGGGACCGUACUACUCCGCCAUGGUGCCGGGAUACUGGCUGAAUGAAGGUGGGCAGAGCGCAACCGGGAUGCUGAUUGAUCACGUCGUUCGGGGCCAUAAUGGAUAUGAAGAAUUGCAGAGGAGAGCCGCGGAGAGCGGCCAGCACGUGUACGCAUAUUUGAACCGCCACCUGGACCAGAUGAGGGCGUCCCGGCCGGAGAGGAUCCUGGGAGCAGACUUACACGUUUGGCCGGAUUUUCACGGGAACAGGUCGCCUCUCGCCGACGUCACCCUGAAGGGGAUGAUUGUCGGACUAACUCUAUCAAAAGGCUUGGACGAUCUUGCCCUUUUGUAUUUGGCCACGUUACGAGGUAUUGCGUUGGGGACGAGACACAUUAUCGAGGCAAUGAAGACGUCGGGCCAUGCUGUCAGCAGUCUCUUUAUGUGCGGGGGGCUCAGCAAGAACCCCCUGUUUGUGCAGGUGCACGCUGAUGUUACAGGUCUACCCGUCAUCUUAUCCAAAGAGGUAGAGUCGGUCCUCGUGGGCGCUGCCAUUCUUGGAGCAUGUGCUUCCAGUGAUUUCUCUUCUAUACAGGAAGCCAUGCAGAAAAUGGGGAGAGUCGGCAACGUCGUCCUUCCUGAUCCUGAACUCCGAAGGUUCUAUGAGAAGAAGUUCGGGGUUUUCCUCCAGCUGUAUCAUCACCAGAGGGAGUAUCAGAGGAUGAUGGAGGACGACCAAUAGGAAGGACGCAAUUCAUCCCACAGCCUACAAUCCGGAUCAAUGGAUUCCAUUAUUAUUGUCAUCACACAUCAUAAUAUAGGGCCAUAUUCU